UUUCUGGUGAAGAAUUGCAUGAUGUUGUCUCAGAGUACGGUGACAUUGUGUUUGGCCUUCAAUCAGGAAAGCAAAAGUUUCCUGGUUUUGGUUUGACCCAUAAUUGGGUAAAGCGAAGUAUCUUUUUUGAGCUUCCUUAUUGGAAGACCAAUCUGCUUCGCCAUAACCUUGACGUCAUGCACAUCGAAAAGAACAUGUUUGAGAAUAUUUUCAACACCGUCAUGGAUGUGAAGGGGAAGACAAAGGACAACCUCAAGGCUAGAUUGGAUAUAGCUUUAUACUGUAACCAAAAAAAUAUGGAGUUGGUUUAUGAUGAGUCACGGGUUGCAAAACCAAGAGCAAGCUUCGUGUUGGAGAAAAACGCACAACUGCUAGUCUACAAAUGGCUUAAGAGUCUGCGUUUUCCGGAUGGACAUGCAUCGAACAUAUCAAGGCUGGUUAAUAUAGAGGACUGCAGAUUGUAUGGAAUGAAGAGUCAUGACUGCCACGUGUUUAUGCAAACACUCAUCCCAUUAGCUUUUCGUGAUUUGUUGCCAAAGGGAAUAUGGGAUGCACUCACGGAGAUCAGUCAUUUCUUCAGAGAUAUAUGCUCCAGCAAGUUGAAUGUUGAUCAUAUUGAGAGGCUUCAAACGAAUAUCGUCGAGACACUAUGCAAACUUGAGAUGAUAUUCCCUCCAUCAUUUUUUGACUCAAUGGAGCAUCUCCCUAUACAUCUACCGUUCGAGGCAAAAGCUGGAGGACCGGUCCAAUAUAGAUGGAUGUACCCAUUCGAACGGUACUUGUUUAAUCUUAAGAAAAAGGUUAAGAACAAGGCGCAUGUUGAGGCUUCGAUAUGUGAGGCCUAUAUUGUUGAGGAGAUCUCAACAUUUAUCUCGUACUAUUUCGAACCUCAUCUGAGAACGAGAAUCAAUCGCGUUCCACGGCAUGAUGAUGGCGGUGAAGUGCCUUCCAGUGGGAACUUGUCAAUAUUCUCCAAUACUGGAUGACCCACACCUAAAAAUGCCGUAAGAGGAAGAUAUUUGUCGGAAAUAGAGUUCAAACAAGCACACAACUAUGUUCUAUUUAACUGUGAUGAGC